AGAGAAGGCAGAAAGGCUGCUCCCCAUAGUUCCUGUUCAUUGUUCCCUCAGCACCAUUUCCUCUGGGAAAUCUGGAGCCGUGGGACUGGGACCUGGACAAGGAUAAUUACUGGAAACGCUAAUAGGAGGGAGGGGGCGGACGGUGAGAAUGUACUGCUUCUAAAUGGCCUUUUUUUUUGUGGCCAAACUGGGUUUGUCCGCUCCUCCUUCAUUGGUCCAGUCCAACAUCAAUCCGCUGGGUAACCAAGACCCCCCUCAAGUUUGAAACUUUUUUUAACGAGGAGGACUCCGAUUACACGAAGAGCAGCAAACUUGUAACCGAUCUCACAGCCUGCGAGGGCAGAAAACACUCUUAAUAAUUUACAAAUCUGCGCCUGGUGGCUUUAACGGUUACCGAACAGGCAAAGCGAGGAGAGGACGUCUCACAGCGGAUAUCCGACCAACACAAAUCUUUAGAAACAUGUUGUGAAGCGACAAGGAUGAAGACCUGAGCGACUCUGCUGAUAUUAUCUUGUCAACUCGCUCCAUCUGACCGAAGACUUGACCAUGGACUCCUUCAGCACCAAGAGCCUGGCCCUCCAGGCACAGAAGAAGCUAAUGAGCAAGAUGGCCACCAAGAGCAUGGCUAAUCUCUUCAUAGACGACACUAGCAGCGAAGUGUUGGAUGAGCUGUACCGCGUAACCAAGGAGUACACACGCAACCGCAAAGAGUCUCAGAAAAUCAUCAAGAACUUGAUCAAGAUGGUGGUGAAGCUGGGAGUGCUUUACAGAAACAACCAGUUCAACAGUGAGGAACUGAUCCUGGUGGAAAACUUCAGGAAGAAGGUACACACUCUGGCCAUGACCGCCGUCAGCUUCCACCAGAUCGACUUCACCUUUGACCGCCGCAUCAUGAGCGGCAUUUUGAACGAGUGCCGUGAGCUCCUGCACCAGGCCAUCCGGCGCCACCUGACUGCCAAGAGCCACUCACGGGUCAACCACGUGUUCAAUCACUUCGCCGACUGCGACUUCCUGGCGGCUCUGUACGGGCCCUCUGAGGUUUACAGGGCCCACGUGCAGAGGAUCUGCAACGGGGUCAACAAGAUGCUGGAUGACGGGAACCUCUGACCUCCUGUUGUCCUACCUCUGCGUCAGCGCUUAUUGUUGGAUUUCCUUUUUUUUAUUUUACUAUUGUAAAGGUGACAAUCUUACAUUUGUACUCUACAUGUGUUGGCUUGUGGAUGUUAUUGUACUGACAUUUCCUCAUCAAGUUUGCCCAAAGACUAUUUCUGUACUUAACAGCUUAAAAUUCCAGCUGACUUCUUGUUUUAUAUAUGAAUGAAUGUAAAACUUUACAUUCUUAGUUAGUAUAUGUGACAACUGUGCCUUGAAAACCCAUUUUAUUCUUGCUUUCUCUAAUUAAAAACGCAACAAACCAAGGCACAGGCCUAACCUCUGUUGGGAGCAUUUAAGGAACAUGCAUCUGAAGAGGAACAAGGGAGGAUUGUUUGUAUUUUUUCUUCUAAAAGUAGUGUUGCACUCAUUCCUGAACAAGCGCUGUACCGUUUUCUCAUCUGCCUUGGUGACGCCAUGUGAAGCACAGCAGUCGGGUAAUCCUGCUUAGCCUGCAUUUUCCCCCGCUACUGUGCUCUGAAAUGCAUUUAGAGGAGAAGCCAGGCGUUUGUUUCCAAAGGCUGCUGUUGACUCUAAUGGUCUGGUUUCUGGCUACCAGAACAGAUGUAAAGUAAGGGAGUCACAGGAAAAACUACAAACAAGAAGGAAUGCGUUUGUGCUGCACAUUGUCAAUUGUUCAGAACGCCUCUCUGGAUGCAAAAUCAUCUGGCCGGGAAGAAUCGCGGCAAGGAAACAUCAGUGAGGCACCAGGUGCAAAGUUUUACCAGCAGGGAAGUCUAGAUGUUGAAGCCUGAGACUGCCGGUCAUUCAGAUCCUGGCUGGUUGCGGGCUGAAGUGGCUCUCCAUAAGCAGUCAGCUGAAAGACUGGCUGCUUGGAAGACCAGUCCAGGUACAGGAAUUAUCACAAAGACAGCGCCUGAUUGAGCUCUCCCGCUGCAAUUACAGCUCCCCGCUACGGGGUGGCGUAAUGGCCUAGAGCUCGCCUCUGUCGAGCAGCCACUUCAUUCCUCCUAAUGUGAUGGAGGCAACCACCUCUUGCAUGUAGUGCAAAGUCCUUUAAUUGACUGAAACAUGUUGUUUCUUCCCUCUUUAAGGAGCAUAUAAACAGUUACACACAUCCCUCUCUAAGCUCACAUAAUAAUGGAUGCCUUUCCUUUUUGUCCAUCCUGGUUUGUAUCACCAACUCUGACUGGGAAAUUGUUCUGUGCUGCAGCCUCAUUUAGCAUUCUGUGUGUGUGUGUGUGUGUGUGUGUGUACCUGUGAGAGAAUUGGAAAUUGAGCCGUGUAAUAAGUGCUGUGCUUUCCCUGAUAGGAUUGCUGAAACUUGAACUUCUUCUGCAGCAGCUCAGCCAAAGAAAACAGCACUGAUGAAACUCCAAAUGCUUCAUUUUCUCAGAGUAACACUCAGUAAAACUGUCUGCACUUGAUUAUUGACAAUAAGGGACACAAAGAACCUGACUGUUGUGGUUUCAGGCUGUUUCAAUUAACAACUUUUCAUUCUUACAUGACUUCUAGACUCUUUUUCUCAUUUUUUGGGCCCAUUUGACCACAUCAUUUUAGAAGGCUUUGAAGUAAAUCCCUUCCCCUUAAAGAGUUGACUCUAAUUGUCUUUUUAUGGCAUUUUUUCUAGUCCGUCCACAUCUCAGGGAACGUUUAAAUCCGCUAGUUUAAAAUCACCCUGCAGGCUGCUCAAACCGUCUCAUAUUUACAAAAGCUCUCGCAUUUAAUAUUCUUUUCACGUUUUUUUUUUUUUAACUUUUGUGUAUUUUUGUAUUUUCACAGAUUGUUUUGUGUCUCUGUACUGUAUCGUUACACAACAAAUAUAAUACAAAUUACUUUUUAAAGAAAA